AUGGCGGACUACUACCAAAUAUUAGGAGUUUCGCCUUCAGCCACACAAAAAACGAUCCAGAAGCAAUACUACCUCCUUGCAAAGCAAAAUCACCCCGACAGGAAUCCGAACUCGACUGAAUUCAAAACGAUUGCGGAGGCAUACUCCGUCUUAAAAGACCCACACAAACGAAUUCUGUAUAACUUGUAUGGUACAAACGCGAUUGACAUGGCAACUUACAUUGACAUUCCAAUUACACAGCGCGAGAUGAACGCGCACACCCAGAAAAUCGUUUUGCUUGUAUUUUCAGUGUUAUUCAUCAUCGAACUCAUUUUUCGCACGCCAGCAACAGUCUUUGGUGGCCUUUUCUCACACAUUCUUGUCGCGAAACAAAUGCCCUGGAAGACCAUAGUUGUUGUUGUUGCCGUCUCUGCGGUGUAUACCACCUUUCAGUAUUUCUAUCACUUUGAGACGUGUGUAGUCGACCAUGGCGUUCUGUUUGCGGAAAUUGUGUUGUUGUGUAAUACGGGAAGGACGGUGUCUUGGGACGCAUCAUUUCUGAUCUUUCUCUCAUUGAUAGGCGUCACAUACUUUUCACCAGUUCAUACGCCAAUAGGCCUUGGGUCGAUUAACAUUGGAAUUGGGUCGAUUGUUGUUGCAAGUACUUUUAUGCGCCUUUGUGCGUCCGAUGAUACCAACAGCACUUUCUUUAAGAUGACAAGUAAAAUCCUGUUUGCGGUUCCAGACUUGCAAUAUGGCCUUCUUGUGCUCUUCGCAUUCUGGUUUUUCCAUGGGAUCAUCGACACUAUCACUGGCGUUUCAAUCGAGUACAUCACUAUCAAUUUGCAAUUCUUCCCUUUCUCAACACAAAAGGUGUCUAUGGUCAUCUCCUUUAUUACCAUUCUCUUCUCACUCGUCGUGUAUCAGUACAUCCCUCACUUCUGUAUUUAUCUCCUCUCAACAGCAAUCGGACACUUUUUAGUCACGUCCUUUUGCAUCAACAACGUCGGACCAACUAUCAAAAAGGCAAUUUCGAACAAAACAACUAGUAAAAUCAGACUCGGGGAGUUCACACAAACAAAUUGCUGGGAGGUCGGACCUCCUCAACUCUCAAUCGAGGAAAUUUGUAAGGACGUUACUAUGAAAAAGCAAAUCGAGUGGGAAACAGAGAAGAAAGACUCAAGGUGGAAAGCCCUUGUUCUUGUCUCCGUGCUGACAUUUUCAAUGGAAAUUUUAUUUGUUGGAGCAAACACUUCAUUAAUGUACGCAAGGUGUCUCAUUGUUGGCUUUGGUGUCAAUAUGGCCCUGUUUGGCUUUGGCGAGAUGGUCCAAAUCAGACAGAAAAAAAAUGUGUAA